GUGGCAGUCCAUCACCUCCCACAAUGUCUCUUUUGCUUCAAGGAAUGGGUAUGAGUGGACUCAUGAGCGCAAGUGCUUCUGUCAGUGGCGCUGCCUCUGCCUCAGGGUUCCAAUCCGGCUUUGCGAGUCCGUUGAGCAGCUCGAGAGCUCCCAGUCCGGCAAGAAGUGUAUCACCUCCUGUUCACAAUACUAUCUCCGAAAUCACUCCCAGGUUGGGCUCGAAUCCAAACAUGCCCAGUCCCAACAUGCGAGCAUCGAACCGUCUCAGCUUUAUUUCCUACACUGACCUUCUCAACUCUGCACCGAUCGCUUCACAGCCGCUCAGUGCUGUCCUGAGUCCAGGACAGAAUGAGCCGCCUACGCACUUGGUGGUUGUCGACGCAGACAAUGCGCCUAGCGUGGUUGGAUCGGGAACGAACGCGAGCUCGAGCCACCUUCCUCUCGGUAUCGGCAGUCUCAACGUGAGCAACCCUAGCGAUAAGGUUGACGUUGAUUCUUUGGGUACUGUCGGCCUGAGCAGUGCUGGUGAAUGGGGUCGAGAAGGGUUGGGAGGUGGUCUUGAAGAACGAUUGGAACGGCUUUGGGCCGCCGAGAAGGAAAUGAACGAGCGUGGACGUCCCAUGAAACCGAAUGGUAGUGCUAGCAGGUCUGCUAGCAUUGGUGUCAGUAUUGACAACUCACAACCAGCUCCUACCACAACAUAA